AUGCGCGACUGUACACGCGAACUCGUUCCGGCGCUCGCGCGAGAGGAACGGCGAGAGGAAAGAACGGCGGAAGGAAAUGGAGUGGUUACGAAUGGAGAAAUCGCGCAACCCGCGGCCGAGUCGACCGCAGCGCCGUCUGGCGGUGUGACGUCAUCACCCCUGCCGCCACCUAGUCCCAAAUCUCUGAGCAGAAGUCCGUCGCUGCGUCGGAAAGAACUAAGGAGCGUGCACGAAUCGGUCACGUCCUUCAUCGAAGCAGAGACCAGUCCUCUGCUAAAGGAGAUCGACAAUGCACUCAACCAAAAAUACGACCUGGUGUCGCCUCUGAAAGCGCCGAUAUCGCGGCAGAAUCUUAUGACAGCUAUAGAGGAUACGCUUACGUAUCGGGGGCGAGUACGGGUCUGCAAUCCGGCCACAGUUCAAGGCCAGGUCACGUAG